GAUGCGACCUUGCAUUGGACGGCCGACGGCGACGUGAUUAUUGUCUGUUGACUUUGAUUUUACGACUCUAAUUUACAAGAAAUUACAGCCAUCGUACGCCACAUAUCCUAUCGGAAGCAACACUGGUCCUCCAACGAAUAGAGGAACCAAGACAAAUUCACAGAUCUAUGAAUGUUGUUACUUGUGAUUGGUGCAAGUUACAGUCAGCAAAAUGAAUCAUAUCAAAUUUGAAAAGGCCAGAGCUGAUGACGUAGAUAUGGAGACUAAUAGGGCUCAAGUUUUAAACAUUUCCAGAGAAGAUUCGGACAAGAAGACCCAUUUUAAGGUCAUCCAUUAUGUGAUGGAAGCAGGAAUCAAGUUACACUUAGAAUCAGUGACAUUGGCAUCUGCAUGCUGUAUAUACCAUCGAUUCUUUGCAGAGUGUGAGCUUAGCAAUUAUGAUCCGUAUUUGAUAGGGGCAACUGCUAUCUACCUGGCUACCAAAGUUGAAGAGCAGCAUGUGAAACUUCGAGACAUCAUUAAUGUGUGCUACAGGAUUCUACAUAAGGAAGAAACACCCUUGGAAGUAGGCAAACAAUACUGGGAACUUAGAGACAGUGUAGUCAACUGUGAACUACUCUUAAUCCGUAUGCUCAAGUAUAACCCAAAGAUCGGUGACCUACCCCACAAGUACCUUGUACAUUACCUGAAGUCCCUUUCAAAUUGGAUGGACAGAAGUGUUUGGGAUCAUACACCAGUCUGUCGGACAGCCUGGGCCAUGCUGAGGGAUAGCUAUCACAGUGACAUCUGCCUUCAAACCAAACCUCAACACAUGGCUGUAGCUGUAAUCUACUUUUCUUUACAAUGUUAUGGUCUGGAGGUGCCACUCAAUGAUGAGGCAGUCAAUCCAUGGUGGAAGGCCUUCUCUGAUGACAUUAAUGAGGAAAAUAUCCAAAGGAUCAUCACUGAACUCAUUGAACUUUAUGAACUGGAUGAUAAAAGGUGACCUCUAUCAUUGAACUCAUUGAACUGGAUGAUAAAAGGUGACCUCUGUCAUUGAACUCAUUAAACUGGAUGAUGAAAGGUGACCUUUAUCACUGGACUGAACUCGUUGAACUGGAUGAUGAAAGAUGACCUCUAUCACUGAACCCCUUGAACUGUACAAACUGGAUCAUAAAAAAGUGACAUCAAAUACUUGUCUCAUUUGAACUGUCCAGUUUGAGUUGGGUGACAAAGAUGUCCCCCAUUUUCAUCAACGACCCAGACCUGAGCCAAAAGUGAAAUUAACAAA